CUACGUCAAGGAACUUGCCGAGGACGCUCCCGUCGAUACGGUAGUGGUUACGGUAUCUGCGACUCAUGCCGCCGGCCAUCCUCUCUAUUAUUCCAUGGCCGCACCACAGGACGGACGAUCUCAGAACAUUUUUACGCUCGAUACGCACACCGGCGAAAUUCGACUUGCCAAGGCGCUGGACCGAGAAACCCUCGAUCGUCACGUCCUCAAGGUAACCGCGUUCGAGCGCCUGGACCCGUCGAUCUCCUCCUCAGCCUCAGUUGUUGUCGAAGUGUUGGAUGUCCAGGAUAACAGCCCUCAGUUUGAGCGCGACUCCUAUUUUGCGGAGAUUUCGGAGGAUGCACCGAUCGGCACAACCAUCGUCUCAGUCUUUGCCCGUGAUCGUGAUGCCGGCGCGAACGGAGAAGUGGAAUAUUCGCUGGAAACCGAGGCCGAGGGCUCGAAUUUGCUGUCGAUUAACCCGAAUUCGGGCGUGAUCCAGACGGCUGCGGCUUUGGACCGGGAAACAUUAUCGUUGAUUAGGCUUUACGUGAUCGCUUCUGACAAAGGAAAGGAGCCCUUAUCGUCACGCGCUCUGGUCGAGCUCUCUAUUAAUGAUGUUAAUGACAACGCGCCGGUUUUUAGUCAGGACUCCUACAAUAUUACCGUAUUGGAGAACGUGACGGUCCCGGUGGUCAUCGCGAGGUUAGAAGCCACUGAUGCAGACGCUGGAGCUAACGGCCGUGUCCAUUACGGCAUGGUGACGUCUUCAGAUCUGCUUCAUGUCGAUUACAAGACUGGCGAGGUAACACUACGGCGAAAAAUCGACGCUCGCGGCGGGAUUCGAACUUUCGUAGUUCGAGCUAAAGAUGGGGCUCAGCCCGCCUUGUCUUCUACGGCUACACUGACGCUGCAAGUUGUGGAUAUUAAUGAUCAUCCUCCCCGCUUCAUCGCCGCCCAAAAGUCCGUCCUUGUCGAUGAGGGCGUAGCCGAAGGAGAAGAAGUAGCCCGUGUCUAUGCCAUUGAUGAAGAUGCUGGUGUCAACGGGAAAGUGUCGUACUCCCUCGAGGGAUCAUCAGACUUCCGAAUCGAUCCGGAUUCCGGGAUAAUCCGCGCCAACAAGACUCUAGAUCGGGAGGAGACGCAACGUUACGAGUUGACGGUCCGAGCUGUGGAUGGUGGCGAGCCGCAACUGACCGCUGUGACGCAGAUGACGAUCCUGGUCCGCGACAUUAAUGACAACACCCCCGUCUUCAAGCCGAACGAGAUAAACGUCACGCUGUCGGAGGAGACGCAGCUUGGAGCUCAGAUCGCAAUAGUACGCGCCGAAGACCGGGACGAGAACUCGAAGCUCUUCUACCGUAUCGAGCACCAGGAUCAGAAUCAACCUGCUGGGACACUUGUGGGGACGCUGGUGGCGACGGAUCCGGAUGAGGGCUCCAACGCAGACAUCGAGUUCCGAGUUUUUGGCGGAACCGACGCGCGGCUUUUUGAGCUGGAAGCUGAUCCACAACAAAAAGGCGUGGCUCGUCUCCUCUCCCGCCAGCCUUUCGACUACGAGAGCAAGACGAACGCUUUCCACCUGGAGGUCCAGGCAUCUAGUGGACAACUCUCGAGUACGGUACCUGUCCGAGUCCACGUUUCUGAUGUCAACGAUCAUCCACCAUCCCUCCGGCCCUCAAUUCUCUUGGUCAAUCGAAUGACCGGUGGGCAGGGGCUUGAGCGACUUGGCUCGCUGCCAGCUUUCGAUCCUGAUCAAAACGCUACGCUGGAAUACUCUUUGGAAACGAACGAACUGCUUGCCGUCGAUCGGUACUCCGGAAAAAUCACUCUAAAAGGAGCGUGGAAGCGGAACAUUGAUGCUCAAGUGAAAGCAUGCGUUUCCGACGGCGCAAACACGGUAUGCAAUCCACUGCGUCUACUGUAUACCUGGGUGGAAGAUGGCUGGCUCGGAGAAGCGGUUACGGUAUCCCUACGCACCACAACUGUCGACGACUUUUUGGAUCCGGAUGUGUACGCGAGGUUUAGGCAAAGCAUCGCCUCUCUUUCCACUUGGGCCGAGGGUUCGAUUACCGUACUCUCAAUUAUGGCCAAGAAUUCCUCGACGGAAGUAUCGUUCGUAGUAGUUGAUCGUACGAGAUUGAUUAGUGGAAACCGCGUCUCCGAACUGAUCGCCGGCUCCCUGCCCCGUCUAUCAGAAUUGAGCCUCCUCGACAUCGAGCUGGCUUCAUCAGAUGCCUGUCUCCGAGAGCCGUGCCCUUACUAUCAAAAAUGCCGGGAUACCUUGAAGCAUCUGGGGGCUGAGUUCCACCAAACCGACAACUUUUUGGCGCACUCGCUGAAGACGCUGCGCACUUUUACGUGUGAAUGCCCGAGAGGGUUUUCGAGCUCACCGGAAAUGCCGGAAUCAUGCAACAUUCGGCUUGACGAGUGCUUCUCUGGCCCAUAUGUCAUUGUCAACCCGGCUGGAUGGAUCCGCCAGGGCUGCGUCUCCACCCGGGGCUGCCAGGCCGGAUCUUGUCCCGAAAAUUCGAUGUGCCGAUCAUUCUGGGAUGGGCAUAGAUGUGAUUGCGAUCCGGGAUACGCCGGUGCUGCGUGCGACCCGAUCUGCUCCCUAGAAGGAAUUUGCGGCCCGUCCGGAAUUUGUGUCCAGACGAAUAGUACGAUUGGCUACGAGUGCCACUGUGCUAAUGGCCGCGUCGGUGUCAAUUGCGAAAGUCUUGGAGCCGUUCGUACUUGCCCAUCCGCUUGGUGGGGACGAUUCGGGGAAUGCAGGAGAUGCGAUUGCCCAUCGGCGAAGGGAUUUGCCGCUCAGUGCCAUCCACAUACCGGCCAGUGCUUGUGCCCGCGCGAAUGGUGGGAGAGCGGUGGGCGCUGCGUGCGCUGCGAGUGCGGACUUGGAGCGACGUCACUGGAGUGCGACCCGGAGAAUGGGCAAUGUUCAUGUGCUGGUGAAGCGGCCGGAAGGAGGUGUGAUCGAUGUCCGGUGGAGACGCAGGUUCUCGAUCCGAAAUCUCUUCGCUGUUUGUCGCUGCGAGAUCGCUGCCCCUCACAGAUCGACGAAGCAGUACAGUGGCCAACAACAGUACGAGGAGCUACGGCUAGACAGUCGUGUGCUAAUGGACAGAUCGGGCUAGCUACGCGAAAGUGCGCAGAAACCGGCAAAUGGCAACCGGUACAGGACGACAAUUGUACAAGAGCGGAAUUCUCGAAUCUGUUGACGCGGGCUUCCUCCCUGAGCGCUGCCGAGCUAGUAGCCACAGUCUGGAACGCCAGUCAAUCGGACCAAGCGGAAGAAUGGAAGGGAAGAAAUCUGGAAAUGGCUCGGAUCGGGAUCGGAAGAGCAUUGGAUAUGGAGACCGCCGGAGAAUCGGAUGCAGAUGGAGGACCAUCUGCCCAUCUUUAUGAUCAUCAAUUUGUGCAUCGGCUGGUCGAGGCGGCUGGGCAGCUCCUCCCCAACGAGUCACCCCAACGUUUCCUCGAACUCCCUCGAAAGUUGGAAAAACUCGGCGAAGCCCUGGUUCGUCUACACCAAAGAAGGAAAUAUCUCGAUCCGUUUGCCGUCCAGACGCCACAAAUUUUCUUCUCCGUGGAUCGGCUGGACAAUCGGGAUUCACUGCCAAAGUUCAACAACUUUGUGGACGAUCGAGUGGAGGGAUUUCCGGAUAUAAGGAUUACGAUUGCGGAUGAUUCGACGCUGGCCUUUUAUCAGAUAAUUGCCAACCCUCGUUGCCCUCGUUGUUCCACAGCAAUCGUCUCCGUCUCGGCCAAUACCACCCAACCCAUCCUCGUCGAGUUUCCCCUUCGAGAAGACUCCGGCUGGAAAUUCCCGGAAUGCGUCCGUCACUCGGCAGAAGAGAAUGAACAAUGGACCGUGCGAGGAGCCGUUUUAACGGGGCUAAAUGCUACCCAUGCCGUCUGCCUCUUCCACCUCCCCGGACUCUACACAAUUCAUCUCAGGGCCGAUAGUGGCGUUUUGGUCCGUCUCUCCCUCGGCCAAUCGAUGGUCGGCCCCAUUUCUGCCUUAUCUUCGCUCGUCAUUCUGCUGAUGUCGUUGUUGUUGACGUUGUCAAGAAGGGGAUUGAGGACUCGCCCAGUCCGGGUCGCAUUCAUCUUAUCGUUUGCUGCUCACGCAGCUACGAUAUAUCUGCUACAUAAGGCUACUGUGAACGCGGUGUUCUGCGGCGUCCGCAACGCAGUCCUCUCCUUCACUACGGUCUCACCGUACUGCUGGCUUUUCCUGUACUCCCUCCACCUUUACCGGAUGCUAGCUGAGGGGAAUACGCAAACCAGUGCUGCGGUAUGUCUCCUCCUUGGAAUGGCCCUACCCUGCUGUCUAUCCGUCGUCUCAUUCCUGCUAUCAGCCACCUGCUCACUGGCCCCGUCGCAUUGGCUAUUUUGGACCAUCGCCCUCCCAAUUGCGCUGUUCCUACUGCUCUCCUUCUACGCAUGCGCCACUUGCCUUCUCAUCUCCCGCGACAAGCACUUCGAGGUGGCCGUGGUCAAAUUUGCCCUCCGAAAAGCCCUAUGCCAGCAUUUCCUUCUCACAUCCUUGACCGUAACCUACACGGCUGGCGGUCUAUUUUUACCCUCAAUGCCUUGGCUAUCGGCUGGAUUGGGCGAGAUGGUGUCGUCGAUUCUGCUUUUGCUGACGUCGCUUUACAUUCUCGUCUGGGCCUGUGCUUUUGGGAGAUCAGAGGAUCAAACGGAUCGUGUCGAGACCCUUUGGGUAAAGGGAGAACCGCCGAAGAGCAUGGCUGACGAGCAUGGCUGUACUUCUCCGCUUUUACAUGACGAAUAUGCCGGAAGCCGGAUGGGCAGUGGAGGAAGUGCUGCAGGAUGGGCAUCAGGAUCAGAUCGUGUUCCGUCAGACCCCUAUGUACCUCUUCCCAGACCAGUAGGAGGAUUGUCCCUACGCGACAAUCCUCUGGCACCCUCAAUUCUAUCGCCAGCGAAUAAGAUCUUCCGCGAGACGAGUGAAUACGCAACCACCGGCUCGCUCUCACGUUUCGGAAAAUACGAGGACGAGAUGGACGACGCUUACUACACAUAUCAGCGCCGAAAGCAGUACCCCACUACUUUUCAGCGU